AUGGUGGGUACACGGCGUGGGAGUCAGAAAACUGAAAAGAGCAAAGAACCAAAGGGAGAAAAUGAAAAUGGAGGUGGGCGAGAAAUAGUAGAGUACGAGGAAUCAAGAGCCCAAAGAAUCAAACAAAACAUGGAUAGAAUGAAAAGCCUCGGGAUUUUGGAUCUCUCUAAGAAACUCAAGCCUGAACCUAAACGUCAAAUUGCAAAAACCCUUUCUCAGAAGAAGAAACCCGCACGUGAUGAUCCGCCAAGGCGCUCCAAUAGGUUGCAAGAGAUGCCUCGGGUGAGUUACUUCGAAAAGAAAACUGAAAGAAAGGGGAUUCCAGUGAAAAUUGUUGAGAUCCAUAUAGAAGAAGGUGAAAACCCUGAAACUUACACAGAAGAGCAAGAGAAGCUUUUGGGCGACUGUAAAAUCCCUUGGACUCUCUUUGUUGAUGGAUACGACGAAGAAGGGCAGCGCAUUUAUGAUCCUUUUGAGGGAAAGAGUUGCCAUCAAUGCAGACAAAAAACUCGAGGUCUUCGCACUGAAUGCAGCAAAUGCAAGAUUGGCACUGGACAGUUUUGUGGUGAUUGCUUAUACAUGAGGUAUGGGGAGAAUGUAACAGAAGUUAAUCAGAAUCAAAAUUGGACUUGCCCUGUCUGUCGAGGAAUAUGCAAUUGCAGUCGCUGCAGAAGAGAGAAGGGAUGGGCACCCACUGGAAAUAUCUACAGGAAGGUAGAGCGACUUGGUUUCAGAUCUGUGGCACAUUAUCUUAUUCAGAACUUCUGCAAUAAAGCAAACCUGGAAAAGCAAGCUGGUGAAAUUCCAGUUUCUCCCUGUGGAUCAAUUUCAAUUGAAGAUAAAAAAGCAGGGAUUGAUGACGAGAAAGAUGGAAUGGAAGAUAUCAAAAGGGAUCAGGACAGUGGUGAGGAUUAUAGUGUUGAAGAGGAGGAUAAGAACGAGGAUGAUAAUGUUGAUAGUUGA